AUGAUUGCUACAGAAUGCUGGACUCCAUGGUUUGAUCGGGACAACCCCUCUGGUACUGGAGACUAUGAAACACUUUCCAAGUUGCGUAAAGAAAAUCCAUCAAAGAUAUGUGACAAGCCGGUUAAAAUUGACGUCAAAACCAAAGCUGGAGCUGAUGUUGGAUUAACGGGCGAUGUGAUCCAUGUAUCAGAUGUGUACAGUGGAUUUAUUUGCAGAAAUCGUGACCAGGCGCAACAUGGUCUUUGUGCAGAUUAUAAAGUUCGUUUCUUGUGCCCACUUGAAUUUUGCAAACCAAAAGGUAAUCAAUGCUGGACUUCAUGGUUUGAUCGAGACAACCCCUCCGGUACUGGAGACUAUGAAACACUUUCCAGGCUGCGCAAAGAAAAUCCCUCAAAGAUUUGUGACCAUCCUGUUAAAAUUGAGGCCAAAACAACAUCAGGUGCCAGUAUAGGUUCAACGGGGAAUGUGAUUCGUGUAUCUGACACGAUCAAAGGAUUUAUUUGUCAAAAUCGUGACCAGCCACAAAAUGGUCAUUGUGCAGAUUAUAAAGUUCGUUUCUCAUGCCCUCUUGAGUUUUGCAAACCAAAAGAAUGCUGGACUCCAUGGUUUGAUCGGGACAACCCCAGUGGCAAUGGAGACUAUGAAAUACUUUCCAGGCUGCGCAAAGAAAACCCAUCAGAGAUUUGUGACUAUCCUGUUAAAAUUGAGGCCAAAACAACAUCUGGUGCCAGUGUUGGUUCACCAGGGAAUGUGAUUCAUGUAUCUGACACGACCACAGGAUUUAUUUGUCAAAAUCGUGACCAGCCCCAAAAUGGUCGUUGUGCGGAUUAUAAAGUUCGUUUCUUGUGCCCUCAUGAGUUUUGCAAACCAAAAGAAACACCAGAAUGCUGGACUUCAUGGUUUGAUCGCGACAACCCCAGUGGCACUGGAGACUAUGAAACACUUUCCAGGCUGCGAGAGGAAAAUCCCUCAAAGAUUUGUGAACAUCCUGUAAAAAUUGAGGCCAAAACAACAUCUGGUGCCAGUGUUGGUUCAACAGGGGAUGUCAUUCAUGCAUAUGACACAGUCACAGGAUUUGAAUGCAGAAAUAAUGACCAGCGACACAAUGGUCUCUGUGCAGAUUAUAAAGUUCGUUUCCUCUGUCCCCUUGAAUUCUGCAAGCCUAAUGCCCAGCAGCAAAACCCACCAACCUACUCGGCACACAGCGGGACCCCCACGGUCCACUAUACCCGGGGCAGGACAGGGUCACACCCGGAAUGGGCAAUGCCCUGCCGACCCACUGGCACCCGGCCAGCGACCCUCGCCGGAGCCCAAGGAGGUUACCUUGGCAAAGAAUAG